GAGGCGGCGGCGGGAUGGAGGGGCUCAUCCCGCUCGUUAACCGGCUGCAGGAUGCCUUCGCGGCGCUGGGCCAGAACUGCCUGCUCGACCUGCCGCAGAUCGCCGUGGUGGGCGGGCAGAGCGCCGGCAAGAGCUCCGUGCUGGAGAACUGCGUCUCCAGGGAUUUUCUUCCACGAGGCUCUGGAAUUGUGACAAGACGACCAUUGGUCCUACAACUCAUCACUGCCAAAACAGAGUAUGCUGAAUUUCUACACUGCAAAGGGAAGAAGUUUACUGAUUUUGAUGAAGUUCGUCAGGAAAUUGAAGUAGAAACAGAUAGAGUAACAGGAAUGAACAAAGGCAUUUCUUCAGUUCCUAUCAAUUUAAGAAUAUAUUCUCCACAUGUCUUAAGCCUGACCCUGAUUGAUUUGCCGGGAAUCACUAAAGUGCCAGUGGGGGAUCAGCCUCCAGAUAUUGAGCAGCAGAUCAGAGACAUGAUAAUGCAGUUCAUCUCUCGGGAGAACUGCCUGAUCCUGGCUGUGACUCCAGCUAACACUGACCUGGCCAACUCAGAUGCCCUGAAGCUGGCAAAGGAAGUGGACCCUCAGGGCCUUAGGACCAUCGGUGUGAUCACAAAAUUGGAUCUGAUGGAUGAAGGAACAGAUGCAAGAGAAGUUCUAGAAAACAAACUCCUCCCUCUUCGUAGAGGUUAUAUUGGUGUUGUGAACAGAAGCCAGAAAGACAUUGAUGGGAAGAAGGACAUAAAGGCAGCUCUUCUAGCAGAAAGGAAGUUCUUUCUUUCCCACCCAUCCUACAGGCACAUGGCAGAUCGAAUGGGAACACCAUAUCUCCAGAAAGUUCUCAACCAGCAACUUACCAAUCAUAUUCGGGAUACCCUGCCAGCCUUCAGAAGCAAACUCCAGAGCCAGCUGCUUUCUAUAGAACAUGAAGUAGAGGUAUACAAAAACUUCAGACCAGAAGAUCCCACCAGAAAAACAAAAGCCCUGUUGCAGAUGGUACAGCAGUUUUCAGUGGACUUUGAGAAAAGAAUUGAAGGAUCAGGAGAUCAAGUUGAUACGCUAGAACUUUCAGGAGGUGCCAAAAUCAAUCGUAUUUUCCAUGAACGUUUUCCCUUUGAACUCGUGAAGAUGGAAUUCAAUGAGAAGGAGCUGCGGAGAGAGAUAAGUUACGCCAUCAAAAACAUACACGGGAUCAGAACAGGUUUGUUCACUCCAGAUAUGGCAUUUGAAGCCAUUGUUAAAAAGCAGAUAGUUAAGCUGAAAGGACCUUGCUUAAAAAGCGUGGAUCUGGUGAUGCAAGAGUUAAUCAACACUGUCAAGAAGUGCACUAAAAAGUUGGCAACAUAUCCAAGGUUGUGUGAGGAAACAGAAAGAAUUGUUGCUGGCUACAUUCGUGAAAGAGAAGAGAAGACCAAGGAUCAGAUGCUGCUGCUCAUUGAUAUCCAGGUUUCUUAUAUCAACACCAACCAUGAAGACUUCAUUGGCUUUGCAAAUGCCCAACAAAGAAGCAGUCAGGUUAACAAAAGUGCAGUGGGAAAUCAGGGAACCAAUCUACCGCCUUCAAGGCAAAUUGUCAUCCGGAAAGGCUGGCUCACCAUCAACAACAUUGGCAUCAUGAAAGGAGGAUCCAAGGAAUACUGGUUCGUUCUGACUGCAGAGAGCUUGUCCUGGUAUAAAGAUGAUGAGGAAAAAGAGAAGAAGUAUAUGCUGCCUUUGGACAACUUGAAAGUGCGAGAUGUUGAAAAGAGCUUCAUGUCCAGCAAACACAUCUUUGCUUUGUUUAACACAGAGCAGAGGAAUGUUUACAAGGAUUACCGUUUCCUUGAGCUAGCCUGUGACUCCCAAGAGGAGGUGGAUAGCUGGAAGGCAUCUCUGCUACGAGCCGGUGUCUAUCCUGAUAAAUCCUCAGGGAGCAACAAAACUGAAACUGAAGAGAAUGGCCAAGCAGAUAAUUUUUCAAUGGACCCCCAGCUGGAAAGACAGGUGGAGACAAUUCGAAAUCUUGUGGACUCCUACAUGUCUAUUAUUAACAAAUGUAUCCGAGAUUUGAUACCGAAAACAAUCAUGCACCUCAUGAUCAAUAAUGUGAAAGAAUUUAUCAACGCCGAGCUGCUGGCUCACCUGUAUUCCUCCGAGGACCAGAACACCCUGAUGGAGGAGUCGGCGGAGCAGGCGCAGCGGCGCGACGAGACCCUGCGCAUGUACCAGGCGCUGAAGGAGGCGCUGGCCAUCAUCGGGGACAUCAGCACCAGCACUGUCUCCACCCCUGCCCCCCCUCCUGUGGAUGACUCAUGGCUUCAGCAGGCACGCAGAUCACCUCCUCCAAGUCCUUCAACUCCGAGGAGACCUACACUGAACACCCCCCCGAGCAGGCCUUUAUCUGGCCGAGGACCCGCCCCUGCCAUCCCGUCUCCGGGCCCGCAGUCGGGGGCUCCGCCGGUCCCGUUCCGCCCGGGAGCGCUGCCUCCCUUCCCCGGUGCCGAAGCCCAUGGAGCACCUCCCCAGGUCCCCUCUCGGCCCAGCCGGGCUCCUCCCAGCGUGCCAAGUCGAAGACCACCCCCUUCACCUACUCGGCCCACUGUAAUCCGCCCAUUAGAUUCAUCCCUGUUAGACUAAAAGGAGUUUCUGGCAUGUCAUUCCUUGUUAACCAAAUCUGUGGAAACAAAUUGCUUGGUAACUGUCUCAAUAACCACUGUAGAGUCGCAUGUAUGGACAUCUCUAGGCAAGUAACCGAUUUUACUGCUAUACUCUGUCCAUUCUUCUGAGGUCUUCAAUGUUUGGGGAAGGUCUGUGCUGCCUUGACUUUUCCUUCUGCAAUAACUGAUGUUAGCUAACUACUGACACAUAUCUCCACCAGACAACUGUGCUCACAGUCCUCUACAGCAGACAGAGGGCUUGACUCUGUGUGUGUUUGUGCAUGUGUCAAUUUGAUCUGCUGCUUUUUUUCCCCUCUUACCUGAAAGGAAUCUUGCUUUUAUAUGUACCUUCCAGGUUUUCUAUUUUCUCUUGUAAUGGUUAAUCUGGGCAAAGAAAAGCCAUGUGGUUUCUUACCAAGCUCUUCUGAAGGCCCCACACUUCCAGGUCUCUCUUGCAAGAGGCUUCCUUCUCCUAUAAAUUCUCCUUACCUGAAAUUUAGUUUUUAGGAAUGUUAAAUGAGCAGGGUGUGCGUGGAACAAGUCAUGUUUUGCUUUAUUUCCAUCCUGGCAGCUGCAAUGCCGGGCUGCUCAGGUUGGUGAGGGGCAGGCUGGGGUGCCCCAGCUCCCAGGGUGGGACAGGCUGGUUUGGAGGGCUGGGGUGCCACAGAGCAGCGUGUGCCAGCUCCUCUGUCCUGUGCCAGUGCCUGCUCACACUCCUGGGAAGCUCUGGAGGGGAGUGAGUGCAUGGAAAUGUGCUGUGUGCAGGAUCCAGGGAACUGAGCACUGCCUUUGGUCCUUUUGUGACCCAGGAGGACACAGAGACACCGAUACAUGCACAGCUGGGCGUGGGUGCCCUCCCCUGCCCCCUGUGGGAGCCAGUUCCCAGAGCUCCAGCCUAGACUGGCAGCUGAGCUUCCCAAGGGCCAGGUUGGGAUGUGAGAUAUUUGUGAUAUUUUCACAUGCCAGUCAAUAAAAUGUCCCAGUGUCCCCUGUGUAAAGAUUUUCUUUUUGCAUUACAUGGUCCUUGCACACACCUUGGUUUACUGUUGCUUUAUCCAGCCAAGUUUUGGGAAGUGCUCAGCUGUGCAUCCUGGAUCAUUUUAACAGCUGCUCACUUGCAGAGGUCCUCUCUGCCUCUUGUUUUGCACGUUAUAAAUUAAUGCAUUAUAAAAACCUUUUGUCUUAACUGCAUUACUUCACUUUAAACACUUAGGGUCAAUGUCACCCUUAAGGCUUAGAACUUCUUGAGUUAACAGAAUGAAACUAGAGAGAAAUUUGGCCUUGUUCCUUCAGAAAAUAUGAAUUGCUGCUAUUACAAUUAUGGUUACAGAUCCCUAGGCAAAGCAAUUGGUGGUUUCAAAGGCCCCCAGUACAAUCAGUCUAAUAAAUGUAUUUAUUAAGACUGCUUGUAGGGCUCCAGUAUGGAGCUGUAGCCCCAUGGUUAGGAAGAAUCCAGUCAAAGAGCCACAACACAUGGGGAUUUAGCCUAUUAAUUCCCAGGCUGCUGAUUAGCUGUGCUCACCAGUGCAGCAAAUCAUGUUUCAGCUUGCAGGAGAGAGAUGAGCUUGGGAAAGCACCACGAUUUGUAUGUUAGCUUAACUUUAAUUUCCUGUCAACCCCACACUUGUGACACACGCCUGGGGAGUCUGGAGGUCGCAUCUGAUGCACACUGGAGAUGGGGUUUGUCAGAGCACUGGCAUCUUGGUGAUCUCAGCAGACUGCUGAAGUGGCUGCUCUUUGUUCUGAACAGGUCCACAUCUCCAAUGCCAAGUGCACAGAAUCAGCUUUCAAGGAAACGAAAAAGUUGCAAACUCAACCACAGUCAUUCUAAUUUUUACUACAAAAAAAGAAAGCAUUUUUGAUGAUUCUUCUUGUCAUCUACAGAGUUUUCCACUGCUUAGUGCUCUCUGCUGUAACCUGUGCUGCAUCUGUUGGAUAUAUUUUUGUAAAUAGCCACAAGUAGCCCAUAUUGUUUCCUCACCAGCACUCCUGUAUAUCCAAACAGAGUUUGUCAGAACUCUGUUACUGACUGGCAGCUGCCUGCUGAUGGAAAGCCAGGUUUAAUGCCACAGAGCUCACUGAUAUCACUUCUGAUAUCAGAAUAUCAAAUUCUGAUACUCACUUGGUGAUAGAAGGCCAGGUUGGAUGGGUCUUUCAGCAGCCUGGUCUGGUGGAAGGUGUCCCUGCUCAUGGAACAAGAUGAGCUCCAAGGUCCCUUCCAACCCAACCCAUUCUAGGAUACUGCAAGGCCAUGGUCUGGGUUUAUCCCACCAUACCCCAAGGACUCAGCUUAGCUGUCCUUUUUUCAGUGGGAAGAGCAUCACCUCCAGGAGGUGAUUCAGGCCAGUGUGGCUGCAUGGGACACGAGGGCAAUGCUGGUAAGUCAGGAGCCUCAAUUACAUGACACAGAUCCUGGCCUAAAAACAUGCUUUUAAAUGCUCUCUGCUUGAGACUCCCUAAUUCACUUUCAUGACUGUUUCUGCCAAAAGGAAGUAGGUGGCACAACUGAGCACUGUCCUUUACUCUGUCCCCAAGAAGCUAUUUUUCAGCAGUAAUCCUGAAUUGUAAAUAAAGCUCUCAAGGGUGGAUUUACCUGAAAGAGGAGGAGGAGACAAAUGGGCAUCAGCACCACCUGGUUCUGUGCUUGAUGCUGAGGAUGCACAACCCUCCUUCUUCUGCAUCCUUGUUCAGAUCUCAUCUAAAUCUGGCCUUGUGCCCUAAAUACAACACUUUUAGGUGUGCAGGUUAAUAAAUAAAAGUGAACACGAAUCCAGGGCUUGAUGAUUUCACCUCUUCUUGCGUACAAGAAUAAACCACGUAGAAUCGUUUCUAGGAAAAACACUUAAAUGCUUCCCAAGAAAUUGCCACAUCCAAUUGAGUAAGCACUGUCCUCCAGCCUUGGCCCACUUCCUUCUGCUGUAGAAUGCCCAGAAUGGGUUUGUUUGUCCCACUUAGUCCUGAUGCUGGCAAGUCCUGUCCAACGUGUUCCUUUUUCUCAGUGGAGCAGCCU